CGCAGGAUUGAUAACACUACACAUGUAGAUUAUGUGCCUGGUUUCUUUCUUUUUCUUUUCUGAAUGACUAAUCGGUAUACUUUCAAUAACUGACACAUGGUAAUGAGACGAUUAAAUGGCGGAUAUCAUAAAUCCAGAGGAUGAAGGAGAUCUUCAGGCUCAAAUUGAAGAGGUUGAGGCUUUGUCCUCUAUCUACGGUGAUGAAUGGUGUGUGAUAGAUGAAGCCUCCAGAAUAUUUUGCAUCAAAAUAUCCAACGAUUUGGAGGAAACGAAACUGACAGUAUGUUUGCAGAUAAUUCUCCCCCCUGAUUAUCCAAGCGCAGCUCCGCCCAUUUACCAGAUCAACGCAGCGUGGUUGCGAGGUCCUGAGAGGGCCAAAUUGGCAAACAGCCUGGAAGACCUCUAUGUGGAGCAUGCCGGGGAGAGCAUCCUCUACCUAUGGGUGGAGAAAAUUAGGGACUUCCUUCUGGAGAGGUCUCAGAGCUCAGAACCAGUGGACCGACCAGAAAACGUGAACUUGACGGCUGAGGAGGAAGAGGACGAUGAUGAAGAUUUCAAGACUCUCAGGCUCAACACAGAAGCUGAACACCUCUUCAUGGGUCAGGAAAAUGAUGAAGAGGUGCCCCCGAUAAAACAUGGAAAUACCAUCACAGAUCGACGCAGUACCUUUCAGCCUCAUUUGGCGCCUGUGGUGACUCCUAGACAGGUUAAAAUUAUCCUGGAGAAGCUGUAUGAAAACAAGAAGAUUGCUAGUGCCACUCAUAAUAUUUACGCGUACAGGAUUUACUGCGAGGACAAGCAUAGCUUCCUGCAGGACUGUGAAGACGACGGCGAGACGGCGGCAGGGGGGAGAUUGCUCCAUUUACUGCAGAUUCUGGAUGUGCGUAACGUCCUGGUGGUCGUGUCUCGGUGGUACGGGGGAAUUUUGUUGGGUCCUGACCGCUUCAAACACAUCAACAACUGCGCUAGAAACAUCCUGGUGGAGGAGGGAUACACUGCCUCCUUGGAUGAAGCCAACAAAUCAGGAGUGAAGACCAAAAAGCUCAAAAACAAGAAGACAAAAUAAAAUUCUGAAGAAAAAGAAAAACAUGAUGCAGUGAAAAGCUUGUUUUUAUCCAGUUUAGAUGUGUGAA